AUGUCCUUCCGCAAGCGCAAUGUAGGCCUCUCAGGCUCUACGAGAUCCGAAGGAUCUGCAGCACAAUCCAGCGCCAAAGACCGAGUUCAGCUGCCUGGCGUACGGCCUUCACCAUUGGACGGACGGCCAACAACUUCUACUGGCACCGCCAGCCUUGACAGCGUCCUCGCUGGACAUUCUGGCCUCACUCUCGGGAGCACGAUCCUGAUCGAAGAAAGUGGAACGACCGACUACGCGGGUGCUCUCUUAAGAUUCUACGCCGCAGAGGGUCUUCUCCAGGGUCACCAUGUCCACGUCGUGGCACUCCCUGAGCAGUGGGGUCGCGAACUUCCAGGCGCUGUCGGCGAGAGCGAGAAAAAAGAGAUACCCGCUGAAACAGAGAAGAUGAAGAUUGCGUGGAGAUACGAGAGCCUGGGGCAAUUUGGUGCAGGCGCACCCGCAAGAGAACGUCUUCAGCCAAAUGCAGGUCAACCAGGUCUAGACAGGCUACAGGGACCACCUGCUUCUUUUUGCCAUACAUUCGACUUGACGAAGAGACUCGUUCAUCCUGCCUCGUCUAAGUUGGAUUUCAUUCAAUUAGGCACGAACCCGACACACUCGCCCUUCGCACCUGUUCUCGACCGGCUGAAUGCCUCUGUCAUGAAUUCCGCACCGGAAACAGUCCACCGCAUCGUCAUUCCAUCCCUUCUUUCACCAGCGCUUUAUCCCCCUUGGUCGAGUCAACCACAGAACAUCCUCCAAUUCCUGCAUAGUCUUCAUGCUCUCUUCGCGGCACAUCCUGGCCGGCUGACGGCGGUCAUGUCACUUCCACUGUCACUAUAUCCACGUUCUUCCGGGCUCGUUCGUUGGAUCGAGCUGUUGAACGACGGCGUCUUUGAACUGUCCCCAUUUCCGCAUUCGGCGGAGGGAGAUGCGACACCUGCUCGAGGUCCCUCUGGUGUAGCUGAAGAGCCCCCUCAGGGUUUGUUGCAAGUACAUCGCCUUCCGAUGCUCCAUGACCGUGGGAGCGGACUUGGCACGUUUGAGACCGACUGGACCUUCACGUUGAGCCGGAGAAAGUUCACAAUCAAGCCUUUCAACCUGCCCCCUGUCGAGGGUGAUACAGGUGCUCAACAGGCGGCGGGCCAGGAGCAGAAAGGGAAGAAGGCCGAUGUGGAAUUCUAG